CUUUCCUGACUUCUCUUAUCUGCGCACUAGACUUUCUUGAAAGCCUCAGAGCUGGGAAAGAAAAGAGGAAGUCCUGGUUAGCUGAGUGUGGAAAUAGCGGGAUUUCUGCUGCCAUAUUUUUCGAUGGGCUUUCCAGGUCACACAGCCUACAAGUGAGGAGCAGGGAAAGAAAGAGUGAGACUGCAUGCCAAUUCUAAGCUCUUCAGGAUCAAAUGUCGUUCGUCCUGUCCAGAAUGGCAGCCUGUGGAGGCACCUGCAAGAACAAAGUGACUGUCUCCAAGCCUGUGUGGGACUUCCUGAGCAAAGAGACCCCAGCCCGGCUGGCCCGGCUUCGGGAGGAGCACCGUGUGUCCAUCCUCAUAGAUGGCGAGACUUCUGACAUCUAUGUUCUCCAGCUUUCCCCACAGGGCCCUCCCCCAGCUCCUCCCAAUGGGCUCUACCUGGCCCGGAAGGCUCUCAAGGGGCUGCUAAAAGAGGCAGAGAAAGAGCUGAAGAAAGCUCAGAGGCAGGGGGAGCUUAUGGGCUGCCUGGCUUUGGGGAGUGGGGGGGAGCACCCUGAGCUGCACCGCCCAGGCCCGCCCCCUCUCCGAGCAGCCCCCCUCCUGCCCCCAGGGGCACGGGGGCUCCCCCCUCCUCCUCCUCCCCUGCCCCCUCCUCUUCCUCCCCGCCUCCGGGACGAGGCAGAAGAGCAGGAGAGCACCUGCCCCAUCUGUCUGGGGGAGAUCCAGAAUGCCAAGACAUUGGAGAAGUGCCGGCAUUCAUUCUGCGAGGGCUGCAUCACUCGGGCCCUGCAGGUGAAAAAGGCCUGCCCCAUGUGUGGCCGCUUCUAUGGGCAGCUGGUGGGCAACCAGCCCCAGAAUGGGCGCAUGCUGGUCUCUAAGGACGCCACCCUUCUACUGCCCAGCUAUGAGAAGUAUGGCACCAUUGUCAUCCAGUAUGUCUUCCCGCCCGGUGUCCAGGGGGCUGAACACCCAAACCCAGGAGUUCGGUAUCCUGGAACCACACGGGUGGCCUACCUCCCGGACUGCCCUGAGGGCAACAAGGUGCUGACCCUGUUCCGCAAGGCAUUUGACCAGCGUCUCACCUUCACUAUCGGCACGUCCAUGACCACAGGGAGACCGAAUGUCAUCACCUGGAACGACAUCCACCACAAGACCAGCUGCACAGGGGGACCCCAGCUGUUUGGGUACCCAGACCCCACCUACCUGACCCGGGUGCAAGAGGAAUUGAGAGCCAAGGGUAUCACAGAUGACUGAAGGAUCCCUUUUGCAAAGGCCUCUGCCAUCCUCUACUAGGACCCAAUGGAAGCCUCUGUUCUCCUUUUUCCCCCUUUCUCCCCAUACCACACAAAUAGGGGACCUGUCUGACUGGGGAGGGAGUUCAGAGGGGGAGGGGGCAAUCCCUUCCCUUGUCCCCUGCUGGCCAAAUGCUUCAGUGCAGUGUGAGCCACUCCCUUCUGGUAGAGGCUGAUCUCCAAGGUUCUGCACCCCCCUCCCCAUGUACAUAAUUCCCACCCCUUCCAUUGCCCUUGGCUUUUUUCUGGUAUGUGCUGUGCUCCAGUGACUAAGCUGAGAAAGGACCUGGGUGGGGAGGAGAGGGUCUCUUGACACUCCCACCUCCACCCACUACUUCACUGCUGAACUUCUGGUGUGGGGGAGGAGGAAUUGGGCUUGAUGUGAGCCCCCCAUGGAGCCAGCUCUGUGUGUAUUCAUCAGAUACAAUUCUUCAACCUUAACCUUGUCCUUUCUCUCCCUUGUCUAUGUCUCUGUCAGUCUCUCUUUUUCCCGCUCUUCUCUGCCCCCUAUAAGGAGCCUCCUUACCCUCCCUGUUCUGGAAUCGCCGCCAGAC